UUUUUGGGGAAGUUUUUUCUCGUUUUUCUUGCAAACCUCGAAAGUUUUAUUCUUUCCCCAAUUUAAAUUCCCCAAGCAAAACUACACAAACUUUUAUAUUUUUAAAUAUUCUAUUUUUACUUUAACAACAAUUUUUAUUUCCUCAAUUUACACGUUAUUAAAUAUUUUUUCUUAUUUAAAACAAAUUUUUAUUUUCAAAAAGGCAUGACUUGCUAUGAUUUUUGACUGACACAAGGAAGCAAAAAAUAAGAGACAUAAAAAAGAGACACCCUUCCCUUCGUCUAUUUAUUUUAAUAAAAAUUUAUUAAAAAACUCAGUAAAAAUUGACGCUAAAACUCUUAUUUACACUGCUAAACGGAAAAGGGGAAUAAAAUGCGAUGUUGAGGUAGAAGACUCCAUUCGGCCAAUAAUUAUUAAAACUGAUAUGAAGCAAAAUAGAGGUUUAUGUGAAGAAAUGUUUCGCCUUUUGUUAAUGGUGGCAUUGUAUUAUCCACUUUCUGUUGGACUUACUUUCUAUCAGAAGUGGUUUAUUAAGCAUUAUCGACUUCCUUUAUUUAUUGUUACCGGGCAUUAUGUAACAAAAUAUUUGAUGGCCCUUGCAAUCCGUUCAAUUGUUGAAUUUUUACAAAAAAAUAGACGGGUACGUGUUCCACUUCGUGAACAAUUAAGAUGGUUAAUGCCAAUUGGAUUUUGUGCUUCUUUGGAUAUUGGACUGUCUAAUUGGUCUUUGGAGUAUGUAACAGUUUCAUUGUAUACAAUGGCCAAGUCCAGUUCAAUUUUGUUUAUUGUUGGAUUCUCAUUAUUUCUCAAACUUGAACGCUGGCAUUCAAGUUUGGGCGUGUCUGCAUUUUUAAUAGCUGUCGGGUUAUUUCUUUUUACUUUGCAAUCUACACAACUUGAUUUUAGAGGUUUUAGAUGGACAAUUUCUCAAUUAAUUAUGCAAGGAGAAGAGUGUUCAACUCCUGUGAGGCAUCCUCUAGAUAUGAUGAUUGCUGUCCAACCAUGGAUGUUCAUUGCCAUAGUCCCAAUUGUAAUAGUAGCUGAAGGACCUGAAAUGACGUGGGAAGUAAUUACUUCAUUUCAUAAUGAAUAUGAACCUGCACUUGUUUUUUCUUUAAUUUUUUCUGGAGGAAUUUUGGCGUUUUUAAUGGAAUUUUCUGAAUAUCUUCUUUUGGUUAACACUUCUGGUAUUACAUUGUCAAUUGUUGGAAUUGUGAAGGUAAACCUUUUUUAA